UUUAUCCCCGCGUCCUUUCGGAGAUGCGGCGGUCAUUGAAACAGCUCACAUCUUAACAAUAACCUAGACGGUGACUGUUGGAAAAGUCAAGAUGACAAUACCGACAGAAAUCCCAGAGAAAUGGUUUCCACUCGUUCUUCCCCUUAAGAGAAAGAAACAGAAAGGACUAAAUGGAGCCAAAUCGAAAAAGAGACGGACAGAGGAGGAGAGACGGGUCAGAGCCAAUGACAGAGAGUACAACGAAAAGUUUCAGUACGCGAGUAACUGCAUUAUGACAUCCAAGUACAACAUCGUCACCUUUCUGCCCGUCAACUUGUUUGAGCAGUUCCAGGAAGUAGCCAACACCUACUUCCUUUUCCUGCUCAUACUGCAGCUAAUACCUCAGAUCUCCUCCCUCUCCUGGUUCACUACCAUUGUGCCUUUAGCUCUGGUGCUGAGCAUCACCGCAGUAAAGGAUGCCACAGAUGACUAUUUUCGUCACAAGAGCGACAACCAAGUGAACAACCGUCAGUCUCAGGUCCUCAUCCGUGGCUCGCUACAGAAUGAAAAGUGGAUGAACGUUCGAGUGGGAGAUAUCAUCAAACUGGAAAACAACCAGUUUGUGGCAGCUGACCUGCUCCUGUUGUCCAGCAGCGAACCUCAUGGACUCUGUUACAUCGAGACAGCUGAGCUGGAUGGAGAGUCCAAUAUGAAGGUUCGUCAAUCUGUCUCAGUGACAUCUGAGCUUGGAGACCAGAACAACUUGGCUUCAUUCGACGGUGAGGUGGUGUGUGAGCCCCCCAACAACAAGCUGGACCGUUUCUGCGGAACUCUGUACUGGCGAGACAAGAAAUACACCCUGACCAACCAGAGCAUGCUGCUACGAGGAUGUGUCCUCCGCAACACGGAGGCCUGCUACGGCCUGGUCAUCUUCGCAGGCCCAGAUACCAAGCUCAUGCAGAACAGUGGUCGCACCAAGUUUAAGCGUACGAGCAUCGAUCGCCUGAUGAACACUCUGGUCCUCUGGAUCUUUGGCUUCCUGGUGUGUAUGGGUGUGAUCCUGGCUGUGGGCAACGCAGUGUGGGAGAGAGAGGUGGGCUCUCUGUUUCAGAGCUAUCUGCCCUGGGACCCUCCUGUGGACAACUUCCUGUUUUCUGCCUUCCUCUCCUUCUGGUCUUACGUCAUCAUUCUCAACACCGUGGUGCCUAUCUCUCUGUAUGUCAGUGUGGAGGUGAUCAGGCUGGGUCACAGCUACUUCAUAAACUGGGACCAGGAGAUGUUCUGCUCACAGUGUAACACACCAGCUGAGGCCAGGACCACCACUCUGAACGAGGAGCUGGGCCAGGUUGAAUACAUAUUCAGUGACAAGACUGGAACUCUAACUCAGAACAUCAUGAGCUUUAAUAAGUGCUCCAUCAAUGGACAGACCUACGGGGAAGGAACGGACCCGUUGGGACCUCAGCCAAAGAGACUGGACUUCGCCCCCUUUAACCCCCUGGCAGACCCGGACUUCUGUUUCUAUGACGACACCCUGCUGGAAUCAGUGAAAGUGGGAGACGCACACACUCACGAGUUUUUCCGCCUGCUCUCCCUCUGUCACACCGUUAUGAGUGAGGAGAAGAGCGAGGGAGAGCUGUUUUAUAAGGCUCAGUCGCCAGAUGAGGGGGCUCUAGUGACGGCAGCUCGAAACUUCAGCUUUGUGUUUCGCUCCAGGACACCUGGGACGAUAACCACGACAGAGAUGGGCCGGCCUGUCACCUACACUCUGCUUGCCAUACUUGACUUCAAUAACAUACGCAAGAGGAUGUCUGUUAUAGUGCGUAACCCAGAGGGCCGGAUCCGUCUGUACUGUAAAGGAGCUGACACUGUGCUGCUGGAGAGGCUCCACCCCUGUAACCAGGAACUGAUGAAUGUCACCUCAGACCACCUCAAUGAGUAUGCAGCCGAUGGUCUGCGUACGCUGGCGCUGGCCUACAGGGAUCUGUCAGAGGACGAGUGGGAGGCGUGGUCAGAGAGCCACCGCUGCGCCGACAAGGCCGCCAGCUGCAGAGAAGACCGACUGGCAGCCACUUAUGAGCAGAUAGAACAAGACAUGAUGCUCCUGGGUGCCACAGCUAUAGAGGACAAGCUGCAGGAAGGCGUCCCAGAGACCAUCGCUGUUCUCUCUCUUGCUAACAUUAAGAUCUGGGUUCUCACUGGAGACAAGCAGGAGACGGCUGUCAAUAUAGGCUAUUCCUGCAAGAUGCUGACAGAUGAUAUGACCGAGGUGUUCAUCAUCAGUGGACACACUGUCCAGAGCGUACGGCAGGAGCUCGGGAGGGCGAGGGAAAGGAUGAUCGAGCUGUCAAGAACCAGAGAUGGAGGAAAGGAGGAGAGGAUAGAGGGAUGCUUCAUGGGUAACGGGUUCAGAGAAGGACAAGAAGGAGAUGGUAAUGGAGGAGGGAAACAGCUGCAGUGCCCUCCUCCUCCUCAUCCUCCUCCAACCAACCUCAUGGACAACAUCUCUGGAGAGUUUGCCCUCGUAAUCAACGGACACAGUCUGGCCCACGCACUAGAAGCAGACAUGGAGACCGAGUUUGUGUCGACAGCGUGUGCGUGCAAAGCAGUGAUCUGCUGCCGAGUCACCCCACUGCAAAAAGCUCAGGUGGUGGAGCUCAUCAAGAAACACAAGAAAGCUGUCACUCUGGCUAUAGGAGACGGAGCUAAUGACGUUAGCAUGAUCAAAAGUGCUCAUAUUGGAGUCGGUAUCUCAGGUCAGGAAGGGAUCCAGGCCGUGCUGGCCAGUGACUACUCCUUCUCCCAGUUCCGCUUCCUUCAGCGCCUCCUGCUGGUGCAUGGCCGCUGGUCCUACCUGCGUAUGUGCCGUUUCCUCUGCUACUUCUUCUACAAGAACUUUGCCUUCACCAUGGUGCACUUCUGGUUUGGCUUCUUCUGUGGCUUCUCUGCACAGACGGUGUACGAUCAGUACUUCAUCACUCUCUACAACAUUGUCUACACCUCCCUCCCUGUGCUGGCCAUGGGGCUAUUUGACCAGGAUGUUCCUGAUCAGAGGAGUCUGGAGUAUCCUAAACUGUAUGAGCCGGGGCAGCUCAACCUCCUCUUCAACAAGAGAGAGUUCUUCAUCUGCAUCGCCCAGGGCAUCUACACCUCUGUGGUGCUGUUUUUUGUCCCCUGUGCCGUCCUGUCCGAGGCCACUCAGAGCACAGGAGUGCCCCUCGCCGACUACCAGACCUUUGCAGUCACCACGGCAACAGCCCUGGUCAUUGUGGUCAGCGUGCAGAUCGCUCUUGACACAGGCUUCUGGACUGUUAUCAACCAUGUGUUUGUGUGGGGCUCUCUGGGCUUCUACUUCUCCAUCAUGUUCGCUCUGCAAAGUCAGACCCUCUUCAGGAUCUUUCCCAAUCAGUUCCACUUUGUAGGUAGUGCCCAGAGCACAUUGUUGCAGCCAGUUGUGUGGUUAACUAUUGCACUGGCAACAGCAAUAUGUAUAGUUCCAGUUUUGGCAUUCCGCUUCCUUAAGGUGGACCUCAAACCUCAGCUCUCAGACACGGUGCGCUACACUCAGCUGGUGCGGCAGAAGAAGCGAAAACCGGUGGGUCGUAGCGUUGGAGGUGCCUGGCGUGGGAUGGGCAGAGUGUCAGAGGGCCGUCUGGGUGCUCGUGGCGGUUCUAGGAGGUCGGGCUACGCCUUUGCCCACCAGGAAGGAUUUGGAGAGCUGAUCACUUCAGGAAAGAACAUGAGGCUCUCGUCCAUUGCCCUGGCCUCCUUUGCCUCCAGACACAGCUCCAGCUGGAUCGACACGCUCCGCAGGAAGAAACCCACGCACACUCCCACUCAUCCCGGCGCCUCCGGGGAGAGCAGCCCAGCACCCAGUUGUGUGUCUGGGUCAGUUCCACCGCUCUCAAACUCCUCAUCUGUUCUCGGCGGCUCACAAGAUGCACCCAUCGAGGAGGAGACAGGAGCAGCACCAGCCCAAAAUAGACAGACUGUUCCCGCUUCAUCAACACAAACCCCACCAGCUUCAGAAGCAGCUGCACCACAGGGUUCAGCCCAGGCCGUCAAUGCUGGCGUCCUUACCCCCGCAGCAGUGAGGUCCAAUGGGGGAGACUCACCUGGAGGCUGGACGAUCACUCUGGGCUCCAUGCAGGAAGCUCUGUUUGGUUGGAAGGCUCGGGCCACUGCAUCCAACAGCCCACGCUCACCCUCUGUUCCCAUGGAAACCAGACAUAUUGAGUGAAACUUUCUGAAUAAAUGGGGAAAUAAUGUGUUCACUACUUUCCAUCACAUGUUUGCAAACACAUACAGGAUGUGUUGCGUGCUUUCCUGGAGAGAUACUGAGACGUAGUGAGCAGACUGUUAAAAAAAAGUAUUCCCAGUCAGUUCUCUCUGAUCACAACUGAAGCUUCUAUAUUAAGUCAAAUAAAUCCAAAUCAUCCAACUAUGAAUUGGGAUUUAAUGGUGAUAUACAUGUUACCACGCCAUAUGAUUACUGUUCAUAAAAGACUAAAACAUCAUGAGAUUUACAGUAUUUAACUGAAGGAAAGCAGCAGGUGCGGAAACAGGUAACUUACUAUUAAUGAAGUAAAAUUCCACUUGUAAUUUCAAGUUAAGCCUAUUUUACCACAAAGCUUCCCUCAAAAUCAACAAUGGUUUGAAUGAAUGAGCAGAAUAACAAGAGUUUUAAUUAGUGAUGUGAAGGUAUUAUUUGUCAAAGUGUUUUUGUUCACUAUAGUUCUCAGUGAGAACGGUGCUUUUUGUUACAGGACACUGCAAAACUGUUGCAGGACUUGAGUCCUUUAGCUCCCAUAGAUUUUCUCUUACUUGUUAUACCUUUACUCCAAAUGUUUUCCUUUUAUUUUUGCAUCAUAUUGAUGUGUUUUAAUGGUCGAGUUGAGUUGAACUUAAAGCAGGCUCUCAGUGCUUUUUCUCCUAUUUGUAGGUUUUUUGUUUUGUUUUGGUCUGACAAAGGGCCAGAUCAUGUUGACAAACUGCCACGAGCUUGCUUUAGUUUAGACCUGGGCAAAGUGCAAAGAAACUCUGUGAAAACAGAAAAGGCAGUAACGGACAUUUAAAGGUGAUUUGUCAAACCGUCAUUUCAGUAUUGUGCUUUAAAUGUGUCCCUGCAUAAAGAGAAGGUGUUUGGGGAUAAUGAUGCCUUAACAAUGUCACCACUUUGGUCCUCUGAAGCUGUUCUGUUUCCUGAUCCAUCAAUCAAGUACAUUAUCCCAUCUGUGUUACAAAUGCUACUGUCUACUACAGGCCCUUACCCAAGUUGGGGUGAGAUAAUAAGUAGGUGGGGUAACCAGAGGAUCAAUAUAAACCUGUUCCAGGAUCUGUCCCUUCUACUGCAGUCUUCAACAAAGCAGCUCUUAGACUGAAAACACAACAGUAUGCUAACGAGCUACAAAAACAAGGCCAGAAAUGAAUGUACUGUUGAACGGUGGUCAAUA